AUGUCUCUCGUUCCCCCCGACCCGUCGCAGAACUUCGCCUUCAUCUUGCGUCUGCUCAACACCAACGUUGACGGCAAGAUCAAGGUCCAGUACGCCCUGACCCAGAUCAAGGGUGUUGGCCGCCGAUACGCCAACAUUGUUUGCAAGAAGGCCGAUAUCGACCUUGGCAAGCGUGCCGGUGAGCUCAACUCGGACGAGCUUGAGCGCAUCGUUACCAUCCUGCAGAACCCUGCCGAGUUCAAGAUCCCUUCGUGGUUCCUCAACAGGCAGCGCGACAUUGUCGACGGCAAGAGCAGCCAGCUCCUGUCGAACAACAUUGACUCGAAGCUGCGUGAUGACCUGGAGCGCUUGAAGAAGAUCAAGGCCCACCGUGGUAUCCGUCACUACCUCGGUCUGCGUGUCCGUGGUCAGCACACCAAGACCACCGGUCGCCGCGGUCGCACUGUUGCCAACAAGAAGAAGUAA